AUGAAUCACAAAGACAUCGAAUGUACGUUUGAUCACUUAAGAAGGAUCAUGAGUGGAGGCAAUCUGAACAGCGUCAAGAUUGAUCAAAUCGAGACACUUGAAAUGGAGCUAAGAUUUUUCACAACUUUUCUCAAAUACCAUCAUGUUCUUUUGCCCGAUUCCUUAGUCAAAAUCACAAAGAAGGCCCAAUUGAUUGCGGAAAUGCUUCAGUCAUUUCUUGGUGGAAUUCCAAAUGAAUAUCAAAUUAAACUUAAUAUCGAAAGGCUAGUAUCACAGUUGUGGGAACUCACAGAAGGUAAUACUAGUUUAAGAUACAAUUACGAGUUUAAUGAUUCCUACCUAUUGGAAUAUAUGGAUUGCCUCGACAAAAAUCUAAAUGAUGUACCAAUGUGUGUGGAUAGGUCUGACCUUUCUCUUAAGAAUGAAAAACUAAUCCUUCAGGAAAAUCGAUUUUCAAAGCAAGUGAAAAUCCUUCAAAAGAAAAUGAGAUUCUUGAGAUACUUAUAUGCCACUGAGAUAAGAGGUUAUGUUGACCAUGAGAAGCUGGAAUGUUUGGAGAUUCUAAUUCAUUUCAUGGCUAACGAUGUGGCACAGUUCUGUCUUGCUGUUUGGGUUAACGAUGGAGAUGAGGUUGAUGAUGAUAUAGCUUCAGAUGAGGUUGAUGAUUAUCUAGGUCCAGUUGAGGAUGAAGAUGAAAUAGAUGAUAUCUUGAGUAGACCUCCUUAUCUGUUAUGCUUGAUUGCGCUAGUGGAGCUGGAAAUGAAGAAGAUUUUUCAUAGUGAACUAAAGGCUUCAAAGUUUACUCAAUCAAGAAAUUUCAAGGACAAGAAAUUACCAAAAGAAUUUUCUAAACAUCUCUACAAUCUGCUGAUGAGUCUCAGAAACAAAAAGAUGGAGAACUUUUGUAAUAAUGUCUAUGCUCGAAAUAUUGAUGUGGAGAUAGAGUUCUUAUUGAUUUUUCUUUCUGAUGUACCAAAUAGGUUUAUUAAUGGUAAGAGGUUGAAAGAGAUCUUGGAAAAGGCGGGAGUUCUUGUGGGUGAUGUUCUAUAUGUAAUUCAAAAGAUUCUUCCCAGCUCUAUAAUCAAAGAUGAUAGUAGCAAGAUAAAUCUUUUCACGAAACAGAUAUUGGAGAAAACUGAAAAUCUGAAGGCACAAGUGGAGAGGUACUACAGAUCCUUCAAAUUCAUUCCAUCUCAGUUUCCCGCUGUUGGUGGAUUGAGCUUUUUGGUCUCUCUUUUGAGAAAAAUGAAUGAGAUGUUGAAACUUGGAUCAGGUUUAAAUUUCAUGAUAAAACCUCAUAUUGUUAUUUUAGAGAGAGAGCUCUCAUAUCUAAAUUCCACUUUCAGAGAUAUUGAGAAGCUGCAUCAUGAACAUGAAGAUAUUCUGAGAGCUACUAUCAAUUUGGCAUAUGAAGCUGAAGUUGCCAUUGACUCUAUUCUUGUUCAAUAUAAUGGUCUUUGGCAUAUUUUUUGCUCACUUCCUGCAAUCAUAAAAGAGAUCAAGCAUAUUAGUGUGAAGGUGACCGAGAUGAGGCUUAAGAACAUUCCUCUUAAACCCUUCUCUAUGGUUGAGCCAUCUAAACAUAUACCAGAUCAACAUCAUAAUAGUCUUAUGAAUGAUGAGGAUAUAGUGGGUUUUGGGAUAGUAGCAGAAAAAAUGAUUCAUUCUCUUACUCGAGGGACAAAUGAGCUAGAUGUCAUACCAAUUGUGGGAAUGGGUGGACAAGGUAAAACAACGUGUGCUAGAUUGUUGUAUAAUAACAAAAUCAUUGUUUCUCAUUUUGAUGUUCGAGCAUGGUGCGUCAUUUCUCAAACAUAUAAUCGGAAAGAGCUAUUACAAGAUAUUUUCAGUCAAGUUAUUGGUUUCAAGGUCAAGGUAGAUGAGGUUGGUGAACUUGCUGACAUGUUGCGGAAAAGCUUAUUGGGAAAGAGAUAUUUCAUUGUCUUGGAUGAUAUGUGGGAUGGCAUGGCAUGGGAUGACUUAAGAUUAUCUCUCCAAGAUGGUGAGAAUAGAAGUAGAAUUGUAGUGACAACUCGACUUGAGAAAGUAGGUGAGUAUGUCAAGCACCAUACUAAUCCUUAUUUCCUUCCAUUUCUCACACUAAAAGAGAGUUGGGAAUUGUUGAAAAAAAGGGUGUUUCAUAAGAGAUCUUGCCCAUUUGAACUGUACGAUGUGAGUCUAGAAGUGGCAAGAAGAUGCAAAGGAUUGCCCCUAGUGGUCAUCUUGGUAGCUGGAAUAAUAAAAAAGAAGAUGGAAGAAUCGUGGUGGCACGAGGUUAAAGAUGCUCUAUUUUCCUAUCUUGGUGAGUCUGAAGAGUAUAGUCGGGAGACUAUGCAUUUAAGUUAUGAUAACUUACCCGAUUAUUUAAAGCCUUGCCUUCUUUACAUGGGGAUGUUUCCAGAGGACCACAACAUUUCAGCAUCUACAUUGACAAAUUUAUGGAUUGCAGAAGGUUUCGUGCAAAACGUUGAAUCUGGAAGAUUGGAGGAAGCAGCUGAAGGUUACUUGAUGGAUCUCAUUAGCAGUAACGUGGUAAUGGUUUCAAAGAGAGGAAGAUAUAACGGUAAAGUCAAAUACUGCCAGGUUCAUGAUAUAGUACUUCACUUCUGCUUGGAGAGGAGUAGAGAAGAAAGGUUUAUGUUGGCUGUGAAGGGGAAUUAUAGCAACUUCAAACUUUCUGAUUGGAAGGAAAGUCGAGUGAGUUUCAGUUUCAGUUAUGAGCUUUCUGAGAUUGCAUCCAAAACACGGAAGCCCUUCCAUCAACACUUGAGGUCACUAAGAAUGACACUAAUUGAAGGUGAAGUUUCUAAUUGGAAUUCAUUUAGCCAGUUUAGUAAAUUGAGACUUCUUAAGGUUUUGAAUUUGAGUUCCCAUAUAGUGGGUCAUUUGUCGUCAGCUACAUUGCAACCACUAAUUCACCUGAAGUACUUAGCAGUUUGUGCAAGGAAAUUCGAUUUUCAUCCCGAAUCACUUCUUCCCCAUAUAGAAACGUUAAUUGUGCUGUGUCCAUUCAUGCAUACAGUGUUACCACCGAUUUUUUGGAAAAUGAAAACAUUAAGGCAUGUUGAGAUUAAUGAUGCUGUUUUUGAUUUGAAAAACAACAAGAAGUGGAUCUCUGAAGAAUCCUCUAAAUUGGAAAAUUUGAGGCUAUUAAAGCAAGUUGCAAUUAAAAUUGGUGGUGAUGAUAAUGUCGAUGUAUUAUUACGGAGGUGUCCUAAUCUUCAAGAACUUGAGAUUGGUAUCUUGUGCGAUGAAGAUUCUGUAGAGAUUUGUCAAUUGGAAAGUCUUACACAGCUUCAAAUACUUCGCCUUUCCAUUGACUCGUUCCGGUUAAAUGUAUCCAAGUUACACUUGCCUUCAAAUUUAAAAAAGUUAGUACUAUGGGGGGCUCGUAUAGAAGACAUAGUUUCUUCCAUUGGGGGACUUCCAAGUCUGGAGUAUCUCCAGUUAGUGCUUCCAAUUUUUGUUCAAUUAAAAGAGUGGUGCCUUGGAGAUGUCACAUUCCAUAAACUAAAGUUGUUGAAAUUGGAGUACUUAAACAUCUCAAGAUGGGAUGCCUCUGAGGAAUCUUUUCCCCUGCUUGAAAGGCUUGUUAUAAAAAAGUGUCACGAGCUCGAGGAGAUCCCACUUGGCUUUGCAGAUAUUCAAACACUGAAACGGAUUAAGUUGGUUCAGUGCAAGAACAAAUCUCUGGAGGCUUCAGCUUUGAAAAUUAAGGAAGAAGCCGAAGCUAUUGGAGGAAGCGACAUAAUUGACCUCAUAGUGAAAGUAAGUGGAAACAAACUCUUAUGUGAAUCAUUUGAGUUCUGUGUUGGUCAUGGAUGUUUUAAAUUUGACAAUUGCUUAGAGUCUUCGACGACUGCAGAAAAAGCAGAGGCAGAGUGCAUAGAGUUCAUUCAUCUUGCACCUUUGAUGCAGCAUAAAGCAUGA